AUGCUAGCGCCGUGGUGGACGGCGCUGCUCAUCGCCCUGCCCUCGCUGGCAGUGGCCGACUACUGUAGUAGCUAUGCGGAAUGUGUGGCAGUUUCCCGGUUAGAGGAACGAUUAUGUUUGGGAAACUCACAAAAAAGACCAUACUGGCUGCCCGAAUCCACCGACCCCCAUAAUUGCCACGAGCAGCUGAAGGGAGAUUAUCAGAGGCUUGAACGCCUCGAAAUCGAGCUCGACACGGCCUUCGUCAACUGCAUGGCCGGUCAGAAUUCGACACAGGAAUCGCCCUCCGAAUGCCCACGCCACGAGCGUCAAUCGCCAAAGUUUGCCGCCGGGCGUACGAUCGACUACGUACCGACGUGGUGCUUCACCGGGGUGGACAGGAGAAUCGCUCGACAGUGUGGACCGCUAAAGGGAUGCUGCGAGGCUGUUAAUGAGUGCGAAGCUCUACUCACCAAUUCCCCCGAAUUCGACCGCAUCAAGGCGGCCGCUUUCGAGAUGAGAAACAGGGCAGAGCACUGCGAGCGCGGCAAUCAACUUCCCGGUCUGCCCGACUUCCGCUCUACCGUCCAUUCGAAGAACGGCCUGCAGGAUCCAUUUGAGAGGAAACCGAUUCUAACACCGUCGGGGACGAUUACGAUUACGGUAACCCAAUCCACGGCCAGCCCGCCGACGACUUCAGUAAGUACAGAGGAGGGUCAUGAGGCGACUACCGUAACCUCAAAGCCCCUGAAGGUUGAGGGAAGCGCAUCAACAACACCAGCUUCGACUUAUAACUCGGCGAAUUCGCAAAUUUUCGACCGUCUCGACAAGCACGAGAAGCAGGUGAAGGAGCUGCUAGAGAAAGAGGGAGUCGACGGAGGAGAAGGACUGCUCACAAAUCAGAAGGGGGAGGCUGUAGAGCAACCGAGGUUGACGUUCCCGCCAGGCACGAUCGGCCAGGGCGCAGCCACUGAAGUCCAGGUGCCGGCAAGUGGAAAUAAGCUCGAGGAGACCGAAGCCGAUUUUGGACUUUCGAUCGAGAGGGAGGAUCAG